CACAUGUAAGGCAUAUAUAUGUACUGAUCUUCUUCCUCCAAUCCUCCCCCGUUCUUCCCUAAAGAACUCAGGCAUCGAGCUAACUGGCCACACGAUGAGUGACAUCAAAUAUAUCAUUGUAAGCGACGUGGAGGGCGAGAAAGGGGAGCAGCCUGGCUGCUGCUCUAGAAGUCGACCCUUCCCGUGCCUAGCCGUGGUGCGGUACGUGGCUGCCGGCGUGGUAGCCGUGCUGGCCGUGACGGUGAUCUCCAUGGUGAUCCGCGCCAUGCUCCGGUCCGAAGACAUCCGCCUCUUCGUCAACAACGGCUACAUCGGCGCCGACAGCCUCUGGGUCAGCGAGAUCACCCACGAUGCUGUGGUGAAAGUGACUCCCAUCGGAGCCGGAGCCGGAGCCGGACGCGGGCAUCCCAAGACCACCACGUCGGCAACUGAAGCUGCACAGAUCGGAGUAAGCAAGAGUGAUUUACCAGAAGAAACACCUGAGGUAACCCAAGUCAACCCAUACACCACGGGUGCUAAUUUAGGCACUGGUGAUUAUGGUGGCGACGCGGCGGGGGCGGGGGCAAUUUCCAAGAGCGGGGGAUCAUGCUACCUUGGCUGCUCCGGCGGGAGCGGGAGCGGCACCACUUUCAACAACCCGCCGCCGGCUCCCCCAGCAAGCAAGGUCACGCUGCGGCCGCCGGCCGUGACGAACCUCCGCGUCAUCCUCGUCAUCAACAACCCCGGCGGCCGCAGCAAGAUCGACUGCAACGACACCGUGGUGACAAUCAGCGACGCGGCGGCGAACACGAACCAGAAGAUCGUCACGCUGCAGCUGAGCAACUUCACGGUGCCGGAGCAGACGACCAUCACGCUUCAGAAGCGGCCCAAGAUCACCGACCAGGCCGUGCUCAACUACAUCUGGGACAGGUACGGCGGGAGGUCGACCUUCGGCGUCGCGGUGCGGGUGAGCUCCACCGUCGUCUCCUACCCGCUGGGGAAGAUGACGGAGCCCAAGAGGCAGACCUACAAUUGCCGGUCGGUCACCCUUGGCCUCGUGCAAGACGAAGCCUCCUUUGCCAACCAGGUAGAUUGCACCGCGGCUGAGAAUGACAAGGAACCAAAAACAGCACCGCCGGCCGCGGCACCGACGUCGCUUGCGCCGGCACCGGCGCCGGCGCACUAAUCGAGGCUAUCCUCAACUUAUUUCGUGUGCCAUCCCUCUCUUUCAGCGAUAACCUGCGCUGGAGGAUCACUCAUGUAUGCAAGUACCAAUUAAUUAAUUGCUCAGCAUUUGCAAUUUGAUGUGUGCGUUUUGCUAAUUGUUUGCGUUAAUGGAUGCCGAGUUUAUUCAAAGCACACCAGGCUAGCAACAAUGCUUGGUCGCAGCAGCCAUUUGGAUGGUCACCCGGCCGGCAACUCCCUCAAACGCCCCUCUGGUUUCUCCCCAAGAAAGUACGGAGUACAUCUAAACUAGCGGGGUUUUGGACGUGUCAAUGAUCCACAGUGUGUAGUGUCUAUGUUGAGAAUCUUGCUGAAGUGUCGACAGUGAGAUGGAAAGGGUGUCCUCGAGGAGGAACUUGAAAACGUUCCAUAAAGGGACUCCACGAUUGCUCCGUCAACAGUACAAUUUUUUUUUUCUUUCAGAAAGAAGGAUAAUCUCGGCCUCUGAAGGUGAUAUAUAUGAUUUUUUCCGGCUAGCCGAAUGGCCGUGCAUUGCUACGGAAUAACAAAAUGAAAUGAUACACUGGAAGACAUAUGUGUAAAACAACUUCUUCCUCUUUUUGGUCUUCUUUGACGACCACCAAACAUCUCUUUGAAAAA